CUAGCGCCGAAGUGAUCAAAAGUGACAAGAUGGCACGUCAGCAGCAGGAUAUCGAUGAGCUGUUCGACGUAAGAAAUCAUUUUUACAUCGGUAAUUAUCAACAAUGCAUCAACGAGGCGCAGAAGAUCAAGCCAUCCUCGCCAGAAGUAGCCAUGGAGCGAAACGUAUUCCUUUACCGCGCAUAUAUAGCGCAGAGGAAGUUUCGCGUAGUGUUAGAUGAGAUCAACAACUCGUCCCCUCCGGACUUGCAGCCGUUGAAGACCUUAGCCGACUACUUUGCCAAUCCUCAUCAUCGGGAGGCUAUAGUGGCCGAGCUGGACAAAGCGGCCAGUCACUCGAAUUUAGACAAUCACAAUUUCCUGAUCGUAGCCGCGACCAUUUACUACCACGAGAAGAAUCUGGAAGGCGCGCUCAGAAUACUGCACGAUGUGGACCACUUGGAAUGUAUGGCGCUGACGUUGCAAAUAUAUCUUAAAAUGGACAGGCUGGAUUUGGCCCGCAAAGAGCUCAAAGCGAUGCAGGAGAAGGACGACGACGCCACUUUGACCCAACUCGCUCAAGCGUGGUUGAACAUAACCAGUGGCGGCGACAAACUGCAGGACGCCUAUUACAUCUUCCAAGAGAUGAUCGACAAGCAUUCGAGCACGAGCAUGUUGCUGAACGGGCAGGCUACUUGCUUCAUCGGACAAGCUAAAUACGAAGAGGCCGAGACCGCCUUGCAGGAGGCGCUCGAUAAGGACAGCAAUAAUCCGGACACGUUGAUCAACAUGAUCGUUCUGUCCCAGCACAUGGGGAAACCGCCGGAAGUGGCGAACCGUUACCUGAGCCAGCUGAAAGACUCCCACUUGGAGCAUCCCUUUGUCAAGGAGUACUUGCAGAAAGAGAUAGAAUUCCACAGGCUCAAAAAGCAGUAUUCCUCCUCCGCCUGAGUGCUCCUCAGCAGAUUGUGGCAUUCCGUGGGAUAGGGAAUCGACGGGACUCGCGUAUCGAUCGGACGUAGACGAUACCUAAACACGAGCUUGCAAAGCGAGAUUGAUUAUCCAGUGAUCCGUGAAGGUCUCCCAAAGAAUGAAGCUUUAUCCCGGCUCGCAGCUAAGGAAAUCUUCCUCGGAGUAUCUAAGCAAAUAUAACUAUGCAGUGCGUCUCAAAGCUUAGCCUCAGUUUUCAUUGCUGAAGAUACGUACACACUUCCGUUGCGAGGUCUUUUUUGUCGAGAGCAGUUUCGGCGCGCGUCCAUAGCGACGUUAGCUUGGUAGGGCCUUUGAAAACAAUAAUACACGCUUGCACGAUAAUAACACCAGCAUGUACCGGAUUCCAAACAUUCUAAGCAUUUCCCAACGACUUUCCCGCGGGAUAGGAAGCGGUGAUUCUCUAUGUAGAUUUUCCUCCACCUUCACGUAGAUGUACACGUUUACUCCUCCAAUUUUGUUUUUCUUUUUUAUCAUUGAAGUAGUUGCGCUAACGGAAAAUAGAAAGACGGGGGAGAUCGUAUAUAUAGGCGACGUGAGGACGUUCGAAAUCGUAAUAUGAUCGGAGCCGUGAGGUGAUUACGCGACUGAGAAAAUCUCUGACGAUCUCUUGUCCAUUUUAUCUUAAUAUUACACACACACACACAUAACACGGGCGCGCACACACACACACACACACACACAUCGUAAUCACACAAAAAUAUGGCUGCCAUUUUAUAAAAUCAUAAGUUAUUAACGAAUACGACAUUAGUUUCACGUGCAAUCGUCUCCCUCAUAUUAAUAUUCGUAUUACCGAUUUAGAUGUAUAAAAAUGAGCGAAAUAUUGAAAUAAAAUAUUUCAUACAAUUAUGAAUGUACGAAUUCGCAACAUGUCUCUCUGUAUUUCUCAAGAUAUCUCUUGAUAUAUUUGUAGGUAACUCAUUUGUUGAAGAUAGUCUCGUCAGUGUGCGUGGCGGCCUUGAGAAAAUUUACUCAUCGAUUUCUGUUAAUUCUUCACGCAAAUAAUUCGACGAAUAGAACUUCAACUUUCAUAUUGUAAAGGAAAAAUUGAUUUUGAAUUUGUCAUAUAAUAAACUCGUUUGGAGAUUUUUUUCUUUUUUUAAAGAUUCUUCAAAGACAAAUUCGUAACAAGUAACUGGGUAUUUGAGAGGAUUUCACAUAAAAUAAGCCAUUAAUUUUGAAAGCGACGUAUGAAACCGUAUUUUACAAAGUGACGAUAUUAAUUAAAAAAGUGCGCAAAAUCGUGAAUUGGGGAACUUUCGGUAGAAUCCCAACUAACCGACUCUUUUGUCUGUAAUUUCCAAAAUUAAUGGCACAAAUAACAUACAUACAGGCAGGUAUGUGUAAAACAAUUUAAUUCUUUUAUUGAUGGCGAUGGGUUUCAAAGAACCGUACUAGACGCAACAGAGCACACUGAUUUUACAACGUAAGAAGUGUCAAACUGUACAUAAAACAAAACUAUUUUUUUUGCAUUAAGUCUUGUCUGUGUGUGUGAUGUUCGGUAGACUUUUUAUAUAUAUAUACAUAAAAUUAUAUUAUUUCUGGGUAUAUUUAUAUAACGUACGAAGCAUAUAUCAGUUAUCGAUUACGAUUAAUAGAGCAAGACCAAAGUGUAUGUUAACAUCGUUUUAAAUUAAUGUUAAUCAAAGGCUGAAUGCAUCGAGUCUACGUGUGAUAUGACUCUCUUAUUUAAGUUAUUAAAAAAAUAUCUAUCAUAUAAUCUUAUAAUUAUAUAUAUAUAUAUAGAUCAAUUCAUACAUAUAUAUAUAUCCGAUAUUCUCUUAAACUAAUAUCACAAUGGCUCAAGACAGUUGAGACUUCUGAUGUUUGUGCAUGUGUCUUGACGAACUGUGUGUGUGUGUGUCACAAGAAUACCCAUAUGGAAGUAUCCACAAUUUUUACGGGCCUCGAAUGUCGCAGAGAAUGUUGUAGUUAAAAUAAGAGACACGUGUUUGUUGUUUUACCUGUACUUUCUCGCGUGUUUAGUAAUCGAAGCAACAGCUCGACCAUAUUCGCUUACAAUUAAUUAUACCGGAUUUCCUUUGAAAAAAAAAAAAGAAGAGAUUGCUUCAGCCCUUAACCAUGUGAGAAGGCGUAUGUAAAAAAAAAAAG